UAAGGCGAAGCGGAAGUCUCGUAAAUUGUGACGGCCCCUGUAAUUUCAGCCUAUAAAAUAUCUGCAUACUAUGGCUUGACCUCCCUCACUGCAACAAGUUUCACGAUGUUCACCUCCCGUUUCGCCAUCAUUGCGCUGUUCGCCUUCCUUGUCGGUGCCAACGCGUCAUGUUCAGCAUGCGAUAAUACUUUGGAAGUCGAUGGUGUGGCGGUUUACACGCUAGCCAACAGCACCGCUGAGACCAACGGGUACACACUUUGCACUUACACCAAUUCUAAGUUGGGCACUAAGGUGACCUGCGAGUAUUCGGACGCCGGCAUAUACCAAGAUGGGGAUGAAUUGUGUCCGUAUGUAGCAAGGGUGCAUACGCAUGGAUGCUAAGCAGGAUGUAAAGUGGAAACAGCCCGACAGGAUUAGCUGGGCACAUCAU